AUGCAAGAUGAGAGCUGGAUGAGGAGGCCCGUAGAAGCGGGCAAUGCGCGCAGAAGCGCGGCCGCAGAUGCGUUGCUAGGCAUCGCAGAAGCGAUCAUGGCUGGCCAAGCUGUUCUCGCAAAAGCAAGAUUUUCCCCGCAGAUGCGACCUCUUUUACUCCUAUUACUUGAAGUCUUCCUUUUCUGUUUUUCUACUGGCUCCUAUUUUGAUGACUUUACAUAUGGUCAGUGUGCAUAUAAUUCUGCCAAAGCCAAGAACCGGUUUCAUCUGUGGGGAAGUCACUGGAGUCACGGAGAUUCUUUACUCUUUGCAUUGGCAUGUGCCCAGGUCAUGUAUUCCUUCAUAAUGCGUCCUGAGANGAAACAAGAAGGAAAAAAAAAACUUGCUGAUCUUAUUUUAAUGUUAUCCCAGUUUAUGGAUGCUCCUACGCGCACCUGUUGGUAUGCUCUUACAGGGGCUGUUCGCUCAACAACCUUCUUGUCCGCUUUUGUUGGAAUCUUUCAGGCUGCUAUAUGUUCCCACCGGAAGGUGGCGUCAAAGGACCAUAAGCUUGUAUAUUGGGUAGCUGGGGCACUCUCAGGCCUCUCUGUGUUGCUGGAGAAGAAAGCUAGACGUGGCGAACUUGCCUUAUAUGUUCUUCCUCGAGCUGCAGAUUCUUUAUGGUAUAUACUAGUGAAUCGCCAUUUGCUUCCGGCUAUCAAGAAUGCAGAGGUGCCCUUGUUUUGUGCCUGUAUGGGUGGUAUUAUGUACUACUUGGAGCAUGAACCAGACACCAUGGCUCCCUUCCUCAGGGGCCUGAUCCGCCGCUUCCUUGCUAGCAGAAUCAGCAAUCCUACUCCUCCGUCAAAUAGAAGUGCCUCUUAUACAUAUCUACACACUCUCGAUGCUAUGAAGGAGCCAAAAAUGCCAGAAAACCGAGAGACUGAAACUUUAACUGCAGAGAAAUACAAUCUUGAAUCUAUACCAGGACUUUGAGCAACUUUUUGACGCUCAGGCCAAGCUAUGUUUUUCCUAUUCAUUAUACCAUUUCAUAUUGGUUAUCAGGCAGCUAUUCGAUGCUCAUUUUGAUUAAACUAGAACUUUGAUCAAGUUUGAUUCUUUCCCCUUCUUUACAUAAUUGAUACAUGACAUAAAGUUCUCAAUUGUAUGUAGGUGAAAGCUAGUAGUUCUGAUGAGAUACAAAAUCUGAUCUGAUCUUGUAAAUAAAUUUAGCUUGUUUAGUUCCUGCUUUGACUGUCAGAGAUGGUAUAGUAACUAUACUAUAGUUGUGUUUAACUGUUGAAGUUGAUACAACUUAGUUUGACAUCAUAAUAAAUCCAUUUUUGAUCCCC